GGCCUGACUCCGUGUUUCAUUCCACACACUGCUUUCAUACCAGCGGAAUCACACUCCGGCAAGAUGAGGUGUUGGGCAGCAUUCCUGGUGGUUCUGGUGGCUGGAUUCCACUUUGUCCCUAGUAUGGGACAAACUUACGGAAGCGGCAGUGGCAGUGGCAGUGGCAGUGGCAGCGGCAGCGGCAGCGGCAGCGCAGCUGGAAGCGGUGCUGGUGUCGGUGCUGGAACAGGUGCUGCAGGACGCGGAGUUGCCGGAUUCCCUGGAUUCGUUGGCACCGCUGGCACCGCUGGCCAAGGUGGGGCCGGUGCAUUUCAGCGAGGCACGAGCGUCAUCCAGCAGCAGCCUACACCGACAGUCACUCAGACUGUAACCAUAGACAGGUUCACAACACUCACGGACAUCGUCUUUCAGAGCUACGGUGUGAUCCUAACUCAGUUUGUGGUGGAGACUGCCACCAGGCCUGUGCAGCAGGUUGUGGUGACCCCCGUCAAUGACCAAGUGGCCAUCACCACCACCGUGCUCCACCGCCCAGAAUACAUCACACUCACGGAAACUAAGUCUGACUUCCGCCUAGCCGUGAGAACAUCAGUCAGCCACGUCACGCUCACCCACACCGCCUACAACAUCAUGCACGUGCCCUUCACCAUAACUGCCACCGAAACCGUGCACCUGACCUCCCCGGUGGUGAGGACUGUAAUCAGCACACAGCGGCAAGUGGUCACGGACUUCCGCACCAUUGUCAACACCAUUUAUGUUCAUGGCGGAUACCACUAACGCCCGCGAAACAUAUUGUGGAAUCGAUUGUGUUAACUUGUAAUGCCGGGUGAAGUAUUUGUAAUGCUGGGUGAAGUAUUAAUAAAAGUAAGAAAAUUUUA